UUUGGUGAUAUUAAUUUAUGCUUGUAAAUCAUAAUCUGGUUAAUAAUGUAUAUCUAUGAGAAAUUUGUAUGUUCAUGUGAAAUGUAAUUUUCGAUACUAUUUUUUGAGAUUUUUUUCAUGGUAGUCGUUUUUUUACAGAAAGAUCUGUUUAUUACAGGGUAGAGAAGAUAUUAUAUCAUGGAAGGAGUUGACGGGAUUAUGGUUCGUCGUAUCGUUCCAUCGAAUCAUAACAGCCUUUUUAGUGCAAUCGGAUAUGUAAUGGACCAUAACAGAAACAAAGCAACUGAGCUACGACAGGUUAUUGUUCAAAAGGUUGCAAGUGACCCAGCAAAGUAUACAAAAGCAUUUCUCGAAGUGUCAAAUGCAGAAUAUUGUUCCUGGAUUCAAAACUCUAAUACCUGGGGAGGAGCCAUUGAGUUAUCCAUCUUAUCGGAAUACUACCAAAAAGAAAUCGCUGCAUAUCAUACCGAUAACGUGAGAUGUUAUGUUUAUGGAGAGAUAUCCCCGGAUUAUGGAGUCUCGGAGGAGUUCGACCAGACAAUAUUUCCCGUACAAGAAGAUAGGAGCAUCGGGCGUGUUCACGAGCUUGCUCUUGACCUCGUCAACGAGGAAGCAAGGAACGAUGGAGAUAUUGGAAAUGGCUCCGCGACUAUCAUAUUUACAUGUGAUGUAUGCGGGGUUGAACUUAUCGGACAAAAGUUACAUGAAGCUAUGCAACAUGCUGAAGCUACUAAUCAUCUUUAAUUUGUUGAGCAACCAUAGACAAAUGUGUGGAGUUUGAGAUUGAAUAUUAGAUAAACAUUUUUUGUUCAGAAUAAAAUGUGGAUGUAAUCGUAAUCCAUGUAAGUUUUAAGUAACUGAAAGUCAAACUUUCGUGCUUAUGAAGUCAUUAGAAGACUCUUGCAUAAUUAUUUUUCUGGAAA